CCACGGCCCGCUCUCGUUGUGCAGGCGCCUCCGCGCCGAGGAGAUCAGCCAGGAGCUGGGCUGGCACGACGUGGUGGCGUUGCAGGGCGCGCAGGUGAAGUGGCGCGGCGGCGCGGACGUCUCGAAGCAGACCUUGCCGAACCACGACGCGCUCCACUGGGGAUGGGGGCGAGGCGGGCACGCCGGCAAGGCGUGCGGCGUCUCGAUCUUUUUCAAGAAGGGGUUCAAGGUGCUGAAGUUGCUGUCGCCGCCACCGGCCUUGCGCGGGCACGGCGGCGGCGCCCGCCUUAGGCGGGGCACGCCGGACAUCCUGGCGCUGGCCCUCUACCUUCCUGUGCGCGGGGUCGCGGUUCAGCGGGCAGCGGCGGACGCGCUCUUCGCGCGGGCGCAGCGCUGCCUCAUGGAGACGCCCGCGCGUUGUACGCCGUUGCUCUGCGCCGACCUCAAUGACGGGCUCGGCGUGGUCAAGCACGAGGCGGGGGUCUUUUCGCCUCUGUCUGAGGCUAUCGGGCAGGUCGAGCCCGCGCUGGGGCGCGAGUCGGGCACGGCGUGGAGGCGGCUCUGCGAGGGGUGGGAGCUCGCCACGGUCAACACCUUCUUCGAGGGCUACACCUUCUCGGGCCCGACUGGGGCCAGGUCGAGGCCCGACGCGAUCGCGAUCCCCCGCGAGCUCAUGCCGAGCGCCGCGGACUGCAAGCCGCUCUACACGAUCGGCGACAUGCUGCAGGCUAUUCGAGCCCGCGGCAGGAGGGACCACACGCCGCUGGUGGUCUCCGUGAUGAUCACGCCCGUGCACCCUGAGAUUCUUCCCAGGUCGGCGCGGGCGCAGUGGGACAUGGACGCCUGCUGGCUGGCUUUGAAGCGGCACCAGGGCAAGCUGGAGUUCUUGACGGAGUUGUACAAGUGCGAGAACAUGGUUCGGCCUCCCUUGGAUGAGGAGAAGGGCCCCGGCGAGGCCUGGGGCGAGCUGGCAGAGGCGGCGCGCGAGACGGGCUUGGCGCACUUCGGCCUCAAGGAGCGCGACGCGAGGGAGAUGGAGGAGGCGACGGGGCAGCGCAAGAAGCUGCUGCAGGAGCGAGCAGACAUCCGCCGUCGGCACGUGAUCGAGGGCGAGACGCGGGCUUCGACGGACUUCGAGCUGGAGAGGUGCGCGCAGGAGCUCAAGAACGCCACGCGCCGCCUGCGCGCGCUGCAGCGGCAGCAGCGCAGGCGGCUCCGCGCGGUGCGCUGCGAGGCGCUGGCGGAGGCGGAGCGAGUGGGCGACGCAGCCACGAUGUGGAGGCUGGCCCACCUGCUGGGCGAGCGGGGGCUGGGCACGCGCCGUCGCGCGCACUGCGCCCCCCGCCUGGGGCGCGCGGCGGCGGCGCGGCGCAAGCUUCUCAAGAGCCCUGGGCGACUGGGGGGCUACUCGGCGACGGAGCUGGACGCGCGACCGUAUCUCGAGCAGCUGCGGCCGUCGCUGGCGCAGUGCUGCUCGGGCGAGGGCAUCGGCCACAUGGCGGAGCCCCCGAGCGUGAAGGUCUUCAGGGAGCGGAUGCUGCACCACUUGGCCCUCGCCCGCUUGUUCAAGACGGCGCCCUUGGCGUGGCCCAGGUCCAGGGCGGCGGACAUCGGCAGGAUCGUCCACGUGAUGCGCCCCGUCGGCAAGGGCUACACCUCUGUGCUGGCGGCGAGGGCCCAGAAGGUGAAGGCGGCACCGAAUGACUUCGGCGUCGCCCCCAGGCGCUCGCGGGAUGGGGCUCUGGCGGUUACGGCGGCGGUGGCCGAGCGGGCCGCGCGCUGCGGCCUCGCGGCGCUCGCGAGCUUCAAGGGCCUGAGCAAGGCGCCCCAGCGCCCGUCGGUGCGUGACAUGGCGCAGGGCCUGAAGGGCACGGUGCGCGCCGAGGACCACCGCAUUGUUUCGCGGAGGGCCCUCGACUACCACUGCGAGGUGGAGACGGCCGAGGGCGCGCUGCGCAUGAUGACCAACCAGGGCGUGCUCAUCGGCGACUCGAUCGGCCCCCCGCUCUGCCUCGAGGUCUUCACGCCUGUGGCGACCGAGUGGGCCGUCGCGGACUCCGAUCACCCCGACGCGCAGCUGCUGGAGGCGAAGUCCGUCGUCACGGGCACUGUUCUGGACCUCGGCCUCGCUAAGUUCGCGGGCGACCUCUGCAAGCGCUUCGUCUCGCGGUGCCACGACGCCGUGGUCAAGAACCACAAGGCCUCGGACGAGCUCUCGGACAGGCCGCUGGAGCCGCGCGGCUUCCAGCAUAACAUCUCCAAGCAGUGCGCCAUGUGCGCCUUCCGUGGCGAGGGGGCCAGGGCCAAGACACGCGCCUUCUUCGCGGGCAGGCUAGGCGCGCGUGGCAACUGCUCGACGGUCGCUCGCUACCCUGGCCCGAUGCUGCACUACCAGGGCGGCCUCGCGACGGAGAUCAGAGCUCGGGCGGCGGCUGCCACGCGAGGCUUCGCGGACAUGGGGCGCUUCUGGAAGUCCGAGGUCUCCGUCGAGGUGGUGCGCCAGGUCUUCCGCUCCAAGGUGCUGGGGGCGCUCCUCCCUGGUGCGGCUGCGGUCGCGGCCACGCAGUCCUUCCUGGCGUCGCUGGGCGGGGCCGCUCUGCGCCUGGGCCGCUCGCCCCUGGGCGCGCGGGCGUCGCGGGGCUUCCUGGCGGAGGAGGGCUACCAGCGCAGGUCCAUGCCCGCCCAGGUCGUCGGCCAGCCGCUGCAGACGGCGGACAUCGAGACCGAGCUGCGCGCGGUGAGGCUCGGGCUCGCGAAGUGCAUGGUGCGCCACCCAGCGGAUCACGAGAUGGAGCUCACGGCUUUGUUCGGCCAGCUGCCCUUCGCGCUGCAGCCCGUGCUGGAGGAGGGCGGCCGCCUGGGCGAGGGGGCUUCGGCGCUCGCGAGGCUGCUGGUGGACGACGCGAAGUUGCUCUUGCGCGCGUCCGAGCGCGAGGACCUGCUGGAGGUGUGGGGCGCGCGCCCCCUCUUGCUGCUGGAGGACGCCCCGCGGGAUGAAGUCCUUCAACUCGACCCGCGCGUGCUUCGGGUUCGCGGCUGGGCGGCCCAGUACCCGCCUUCACGCGAGGUUGCCGCGGCCUUCAGGCCAGCACGUGAGCCGCCUGGCCUCAUCGAGAUCGGGGACUUCGAGUUCGCGUGCCAGGAGCCCUGCGCUGAGGGCUUGUGCGGGGCCGCCCUCUGUUCGGAGCGAGCUUUGCUGUGGCGCAAAAUCAGUUCUCACAAGUAUCGAGCGGCCGCCGCGAAGCCUCGCGCCCGCCGCCAGCAGGACGAUGUCGAGGAGACGGUGGCCACCUUGGCGCGCCUGGUGCUCUCGCACGGCCUCCAGAUCCGCGACCUCGAGUCGGCCUGCCACCUCGCGUUCAAGGCCCCGCUCGACAGCGACAUAAUCAAGAACGUGAAGGACGCGGGCAAAACCUGCAGCAAUCUGUGCCGCGGCAAGAGCCCAGCGCAGCACGGCCUGGGCCCGCCGUUGCCGUACCUCGUGGAGACGGCGGUGCGCUCGCUGGCCAACUCGCCAGAGGUGGCGGGCUCCGACCUCGAGGUGCCAGUGAAGGCGCUCCACGCCCAGGUCAGCGAGCAGGACUUCAUCACGGAGAACUUCAAGUACUUCAAGCUCAAGGACAUGUACGACAAGCGGCACACUCGCGUGUGCGCGGCGAUCGCGACGACCGAGUUCGCGACCACGUGCAAGAAGGCGGUGAUUAAGAUCGGCGGCCCUUCAGGAUUGGUUGGGCCAGCGCUGAUGGACGUCUUCCUCAGGCUGGUGAACGGGCGCGGCGGGCGGGCCACUGAGGAGCGGCCCGUGCCCGCGCCUGCGGAGGCGCGCCGCCGGGGCGCUUCGCCCCCGCCCGCCCUUCGGCUGGGGCGCCCGCUCGGCCGCGGGGCCUGGGCGGCGGCGGAGGGCGAGGCGGCGCGGGGCGCGCGCGCCGCCUCCUCGCGCGAGCGCGCCGCCGAGAGCUGA